AUGUCCAUACCUCGGCAAUAUAGCCCCUCACAAUCCAACACACCGCCCCAACAACUACAGAGCAACAACUUCGACCUUCUCGUUCCAACUGCUCCACAAUACCAAUCGAUAGGAAUUACAAACUCUAUACAGUCUAUGGCAGGCACACAACAUGAGUUCUCCAACUCUCAUCGCCCUCAGGGGGUUAAUAAUAUGGGUUCCACGUCCAAUCUGCGCAGUAGUGUACCGCCAUCUCUUUCUGUGCCGAUGGUUGUCAUUAGGAAUAGCGGAAUGAACAAUACCUCAGCGGGUAAUGCAGUUGAAAGCAACAGAAAUCAAAACCCACAUUGCGAGACAGAAGUACUUACAGAUCGAGAUAUCUUCUACAUGCCUGUGGGCGCACAAGCUAGUAGGCAAGAUAUCCUCGCUACCGAUGCUUAUACAUCCGUGAGGGAGAUGCGAGGUAUGAAGCGUGAGCAUCAUGACGGGGAAGAGAGUCAGGGUGCCCGAAAACAUAGCAAGCGACUCACGACGAAGGAGGAAAUAUCACUUUUUGAGAUUUGCAAUAACCACGCAGGCGGAUUUGGAAAGCGAAGUGAUAUAUGCAAUUGGUGGAAGAAUAUUGCAGAGCAGUUUGCGUUGGUGAAUGGGAGACCAUAUUCGUGGCAUUCGGUGCGCAGGAAGGUGGAAAUGGCAACGAAACAGAGAGUCAAGUUCUUGGAAGAGCAGCAACAACGACAACAUGGUCUUUCUCCUGAUAUUCCCGCUAAAGACAUUAUGAAUCCCCAGUGGGUUGCUGUUCUCGAUACUUGGAUUCCUACCUGGCAGCGGUGGCUGGAGGCUGAGACAAGGCGGAUUGCGAAGCGAGAUGAGAUGCUUCGAAGACGGUCUGUUCCCAAACCUGCAGGUGGGCUUUGGAAAGCUUAUGACCCAGCUGUUCAUGUUGGGAUGAACUCUCCUGGUAGCCCUGCGCUUCCAAAGGAGAACACGACAUCUGCUGCUCAAAUGACAACCUACUCAGUAACUACUCCUGUUGCCAGCGCGAAUACACUCAGCAAACCUUCCACCUCAUUUUCAAGUGGUGUUAAACUACCUCCUGGGUUUGAGACAAUGUUUUCCAAUUUUACUCAGCCUACGAGACAGCCUGCGCCAUAUAUACCUUUACCACUAUCUGAAGCACUGGGAUCGGGAUCGGGAUCAGCUUCGGGUUCGGGCUCAUUAGAUCCAACCCCACCACCAGAUACCCACCCGAUAACCGCGAUUGAUACCAUAGGCAAACUGAAAGAACACCAUUUCGACACACCCUCAGGCGACAGUUCAGACCCGCGCUCUUCUCCAGUCAUCUCAGCAUUGAUACAAGCAUCCGAACCAGCUGAGACCGAAUCCUCUCGUCAAGCAAUACAAUAUGAACCAGCCGCUUCAUACAAUUUAAAUUCGGCAGAUCUUUAUCGAAUGAAGGAGGAGCUACGCAAGGAGAUCAAAGCUGAACUGCGCCAGGAACUAUACGAUGGUCGGGGUGCGCUGGAAGAGAAGCUCGACUCGGUACAAAGAACCCAAGAUAUGAUUCUUGAUAUGUUGAGACAGGAACCUACUUGA